AACUUUCUUAUUCUACCAUUGAACUUUAAUCAUGUAGUGCUAUGUUCUUAAUUUCACAAAAUGUUCGUUGGAUGACUUCAGUGUGAAUUAAUGUGACAUCCAAAUUUGCCAUGAACAUUGUACUGAAGCUUGACUUUCAUGAUUAUGGUUCACAUUUGCAUAUUCAUGACAUGGAUUAACCACAAGCUAUCUGUCCUUAAAAAGUUAAUAUAAAUCUCUAGGUUUUAUUUUCUAAUUACAGGAUCAGGAUUGGAUUAAGCUACCACACACCUUAAAGUUCCCUCUCAGGCACACUUAGUGAGGUCAAGUACAGGUGAUCAUGACCAAUAACUCUAUAAAUAGUCCACCUUACUCUACUCAACAGCAAUCAACAAUCUUAAUUAAGAGGGAAGCAACUAUCCCGAUCUUCGCACUUGUCAGUAUAAUUUCCUCCCCUCUCUGUUCUCUACUUCUCUUCCAUUUUCAACGUCAAAAACUAGCAUCAACAUGAAAAAUCCUAGUGGAAGAUGUAAGACCUUGCUUGUUCUUUUACCCAUUUCAGCGCUUGUUUUAGUCCUUCUAUCGUCCGUGGCUCUUCAAAAAAAGAGCCCCAAAACUACAAAUAUACUGCAGUUUCACGUCCACAAUCAUCUCCAAGCUGCUUACUCAGCAUGUGAAGGCACCUUAUAUCCAGACCUUUGCGUCUCCACCACUUCUGUUCUCCCAGAUCUCGCCUCCAAAUCACUCCCGGAGCUCGUCUUAGCCAUCUUGAACCAAACCAUGUAUGAGGCCAGACUCUUUUUUGCAAACUUCACCAACAUUGAAAGUAGGUUCCCAAGUUACAACACAUUAGAAGAGGCAGCAAUAAACGAUUGCCUGGAGCUUGCUGAUAACACCCUGGCGGAGCUGAAAGCAGCCCUCGCUGAUCUCGCCCCGGAGAGAUUAGCAGUCUCCAAGAACUACCACGAAUUGCAGACAUUUUUAAGCGCAGCAAUGACGAACCAGUACACGUGUAUUGAUGGGUUAGCUCAUAGCAAAGGAAAUGUUGGGAACAUUAUCAAAAAGGGUCUGCACAACAUCUCUCAUCACGUCAGCAACGCUCUUGUCAUGCUUAACAAAGUCCGUGGCGUCAAUAAAUCCAAAUCCAAAUCCGAGGUUUUCCCUGGAUACGGACGCGAGAAAAAGGGGUUCCCAACAUGGUUAUCCUGGAAAGAUCGAAAACUUCUACAGGCUUCAAUUAGUGAAACCAAGUUCGAUCUGAUAGUUGCCAAAGAUGGCACUGGAAACUUCACUAGGAUCACCGACGCUGUAGCCGCAGCUCCAAAAAACAGUGACACAAGGUUUGUGAUAUAUAUCAAAACCGGGUCUUAUUUUGAAAACGUAGAGGUGGAAAGGAAGAAGAAAAUGCUGAUGUUUGUGGGAGAUGGGAUCGGGAAGACAGUGGUGAAGGCUAGCAGAAAUGUCGUCGAUGGCUAUACGACUUUCCGUUCUGCAACAGUGGCUGUGGUGGGGAACGGAUUCAUAGCAAAGGGGAUAACCUUUGAGAACACAGCAGGUCCGACUAAGCACCAAGCGGUGGCUUUCAGGAGUGGAUCCGACCUCUCUGCAUUCUACAAGUGCAGCUUCGUUGCCUACCAGGAUACCCUCUACGUCCAUUCCCUCAGGCAAUUCUAUCGCGAAUGUGACAUUUACGGGACAGUUGACUUCAUCUUUGGCAACGCAGCUGUAGUUUUCCAAAGCUGCAAUUUAUUUGCUCGUAAACCGAAUCCAAAGCAAAAGAACGCUUUCACAGCUCAAGGAAGAGAAGACCCAAACCAGAACACUGGGAUUUCAAUUUUGAACUGUAAGAUUGCUGCUGCUGCGGAUUUAAUCCCGGUAAAAUCAUCGUUCAAGACGUAUUUGGGGCGUCCCUGGAAAAAGUAUUCCAGGACAGUUAUUAUGCGUUCAUACAUUGAUGAUUCGGUGGAUCCUGCUGGAUGGUUAGAAUGGAAUGGGACAUUUGCUUUGGGAACCCUUUUUUAUGGGGAGUAUUUGAACAGAGGCCCCGGGUCGAGCACGAGUGCAAGAGUAACAUGGCCAGGUUAUAGGGUCAUCAGCAGCUCGUCUAAGGCAAGUCAGUUCACUGUUGGAGCAUUUAUACAAGGAAAUGAAUGGUUAAAUUCUACUGAUAUUCCAUUCUCUCUCGGUUUAAGUUGAAAAUUGAUAGCUAAAAUUGAUACGUCCUUCUUUUUUUGUAAGUAAUUUGUUUUCGUGUUGGCCAUC